GGCUUCUGAGCCCUCACAGAUCCCCCUCGCCUAGCCCAGGGGAGGGCGGGGCGGCCACAUGACCCAUUGCUUAGGCUCCCGCGGUAACAAUCAGUCCUGCGGCCCCACCCCCGAUUGAGUAGACCUCCCCACCCACCCACUCGCUUCCGUGGGAAGGGCCUUGCGCCCUUUGUGGGCCCCCAGACACCCACGGAGACACUCCAGCUUCAGGGAGCUCUGCGAGACGAAGGCCACUGUAAGAUAAGAAAGGUCAAUGCGGGUCGGAGAGAUAUAGUGUGGCAUACAAAGGACACCGAGUUCAAAUCCUGACUCCCACCUCUUGCUAGCUGUGUGUCUCCUCUUCUCCUUCCUGUGAAGCAGGGAUUGUUGAAGGAAUCCAUGAGCUAAUAUAGCUGAGAGAUUCCUCUUUUCCUAUAAACGGGUACAAGAUGACUAUGAAUGAGGUGAAAGAGUCCCUUCGAAACAUCGAACAGAAGUGCAAACUGUUUCAGCAGCAACAGUUCACCUUUAUCACAGCUUUGGAGCAUUGCAGGGAGAAUGCCCAUGACAAGAUCCGGCCCAUCUCCAGUAUUGGGCAGGUGCAGAACUACAUGGAACACCACUGCAAUAACUCCACAGACCGCCGCAUUCUGCUCAUGUUCCUGGAAAUCUGCUCAGAUCUGAACAAGCUCUGCCAGCACUUUGAAGCCGUACACACUGGUACCCCCAUCACCAACAACCUCCUUGAGAAAUGCAAAACAUUUGUUAGCCACAGCAAUGACUUAAGCAACAUCAGAGCAAAAUAUCCUCAUGACGUGGUAAACCACCUCAGCUGUGAUGAGGCCAAGAACCACUACGGGGGCGUGGUCAGCCUCAUCCCUGUCGUCCUAGACCUGAUGAAAGAAUGGAUUGCCCACUCCGAGAAGCUGCCCCGCAAAGUGCUGCAGCAAGUGAGUGAGCCCCAGGCAUACUACAAUGCCACUGGGACAGUCACUUAUCCUUGCCAGUCCACGGGCACCAAGCUUUGGUCAAAGAAACCAAAGUGUAGUCAAUUUACAAAAGACAGUUUCAAUCCCAGGGGAAAAGACAAAGAACUCUCGAAACCUCCCUGGAGACCACCUGGUGGGAAACUGUAAUUCAGAACUGGACCGAUUCUAUCCCAUGGGAUGCUGUGCUUGGUUUUCACUGGUUGAUCCAUGUUUCAUUGGCACCCACAAUCUCUACCAUUAAUUUACUCUGAAUAAUUGCAAACCUCUCUCCCUCUCUUUCUUUAACUGCUAACCUUCCCUGUCCUGAGCGGCAGAUUUUGUGUGGCUUUUGGUAUAGAGUGUCUUGGGGACAAUGGUAAACAGCAGGGGCUCCAUUACCUGCCAGGUGCUCUGUGAGCUCCUGCCCGCAGCUGCCAGGCCCACUCUCUGCAUGCUCCCACCUCCAGGAUAUGAAGGGGCAACAUGGUGAACGUCCUCAAGUCUGACUAGGUCUCCAAUCAAAGCCCAAAGGGAAAUAAGACCAUUUUUCCCCUCUGGGGGAGAGAAACCAGAAGAACUCUGAUUUGGUGGCUCUUAGACAAGGACCAUUAUCUGCUGUUCACAGCAUAAUCAAGGCUCAGAUGUUGUAAAAUGUGUCACUGGCUUCUGAGUUUUCCAGAAGUCCUGUCUGACUAUUGCUUUUUCCCUUCACAGGGGGAGACUUAGCUUCUGUAUUCUUGUUUCCUCGGGGGCAACAGUCAAGAAUAAAGAGUUCUACCACCUUUCA